AUGACACAACUCUUCGAGGGCACCGAGACCUCCCCAUCGGUUGACAAGUUAGUCAUCGGCCAACUCCUCUUCAGCAUGCUAUUGCGUCUUCUGGAUGGUCUCGUGGAGGACUUAGUGGGGCUGGUGCAGAAUGACAGUUUUCUGUGCCAACCGGCCAGAAAUGUCGCUUGCGCCAGCUCACACAACCAACCCCCGGAGGCCUUCUCUCACUUUCUUACCUUUAUGCAUUCGGGCGUCCGGUUGUGGGCUGUGACCAGGGAGACAGACGAAGCCUCUUCCUCCUCCUCCUCACUUGUCAGCUUAACUAAACUCCUCCUUGGUACGGCUCUGCGACCUCGAAUAGCGGCACCCCCGACAGCUUUGCGGCCAGGUGUUCAAGUCAAGUCAACUUAUCCUAAGGUGUCCUUUCUCUUCUCGUGUGUAUUCUUCCCUCCUCGUCUGCCUCGCUGUUUUGUACCACAUCUCGUAAUUUGA